GGCGCACUCCGGCCGAGCCAUGCCCGCGGCGCGCGUGGAGUACAUCGCGCCCUGGUGGGUCGUGUGGCUGCACAGCGUCCCGCACCUGGGUCUGCGCCUGCAGCCGGUGGACAGCACCUUCAGGCCCCGCGAUGAGAGUUACCAGGAGACUGGAAGGGUCCCGGCGUCUCCCCUCCUCUGCUGAUCACCACCAGACAGCUCAGACUGGAGCCCUGGGGAUUCUGGGCUGGGAACACCUCGGGGACACAUGGCGGCAGAAGCCUGACAGAGUGCCAGGUCCAGCCCUGGCUGGUGGCCAUCAGUCCUGGUGCCAUCUGUCGCUGCUGUUCCUGGGGCUGGUGGCCGCCGUCUGCCUGGGCCUGAACCUCAUCUUCCUCGCGGCGUACCUGGUCUGCGCGUGCUGCUGCAGGCAGAACGAUGCGGUGCAGACCAAGAGGCGCAAUUCCUGCUGUGUCACCUGGACGGCCGUGGUGGCCGGGCUCAUCUGCUGUGCUGCGGUAGGCGUUGGUUUCUACGGAAACAGCGAGACCAAUGAUGGGGUGUACCAGCUGAUCUACUCCUUGGACAACGCCAAUAGCACCUUCUCUGGGAUCGAUGAGCUGGUGUCCGGAACCACCCAGAGGAUGAAGGUGGACCUGGAGCAGCACCUGGCCCGGCUCAGUGAGAUCUUUGCCGCCCGGGGUGAUUACCUCCAGACGCUAAAGUUCAUACAGCAGAUGGCGGGCAGUAUCCUUGUCCAGAUGGCAGGGGUGCCCGCGUGGAGGGAGGUCACCAUGCAGCUGACCGAACUGGCUGACCAGACUGGCUACGUGGAGUACUACAGGUGGCUCUCCUACCUCCUGCUCUUCGUCCUGGACCUAGUCAUCUGCCUCCUCACCUGCCUGGGACUGGCCAAGCGCUCCAGGUGCCUCCUGGCCUCGAUGCUGUGCUGCGGGAUGCUGGCCCUGCUCCUCAGCUGGACGUCCCUGGCCGCCGACGCGGCUGCAGCAGUGGGCACCAGUGACUUCUGCGUGGCUCCCGACACCUUUAUCCUGAAUAUCACGGAGGGCCAAGUCCCCGCAGAGGUGACCCGUUACUACCUGUACUGCAGUCAGAGCGGAAGCAGCCCCUUCCAGCAGGCACUGACGGUCUUCCAGCGCUCGCUGACCAGCAUGCAGAUCCAGGUCGCAGGCCUGCUGCAGUUUGCGGUGCCCCUCUUCCCCACGGCAGAGAAAGAUCUGCUUGGAAUCCAGCUCCUGUUGAACUCAUCAGAGUCCAGCCUCCACCAGCUGACUGCCAUGUUGGAUUGCCGGGGGCUGCACAAGGACUACCUGGACGCCCUCGCUGGCAUCUGCUAUGAUGGCCUCGAGGGCCUGCUCUACCUCGGCCUCUUCUCCCUCCUGGCUGCCCUGGCUUUCUCCACCAUGAUCUGCAUAGCACCGAGGGCCUGGAAGCACUUUGCCACCAGGGACAGAGACUACGACGACAUUGACGACGACGACCCCUUCAACCCCCAGGCCCGGCGCAUCGCCGCCCACAACCCCUCUCGGGGGCAGCUGCGCAGCUUCUGCAGCUACAGCAGCGGCCUGGGCAGCCAGACCAGCCUGCAGCCCCCGGCCCAGACCAUCUCCAACGCCCCCGUCUCGGAGUACAUGAACCAAGCCGUGCUCUUUGGUGGGAAUCCACGCUAUGAGAACGUGCCGCUUAUCGGAAGAGGCUCCCCUCCGCCCACGUACUCUCCCAGCAUGAGGGCCACCUACCUGUCGGUGGCAGAUGGACAGCUGAGACACUAUGGGAGCGAGUUUCCAGCCUAACACUUCCAGGAGUUCCUGCCUCCUUGAUCCGUUCUGGUUUUUAACUCAUGCACAUGUUAAAAAGCUGCGUUUCUUUAAUAGAAACCAAAGCCACCUGGAGGCUGCGCGCCUGCAGGAUUGCAAGGCUUCUGCUGGCGCACAGGAGCAGCUGAGAUUCAGGGAGAAUCAGCCCGGGGUUGGCUGAUUCCCAGGCAUUCAGAAGACCCAUGACUUGGACUUUGGACUUGGACUUGGCCUCCUGUUCACACCAGAAAUGCCCCCCGCCCCGCCCCCGGUGCUUGGCCCUCCCUGAGCUGGGAGCCUGGUUCAGUUCACCCGUAUGUCCCAUGUGGGGAGUGGCAGUGAGGAGGGACCAGAUCAGGCUCGAGGAUCCCAUUGCCAAGACUGUGCCUCCUGCUGGCACAGCCAGAAGCUCAGGUGACCACUCUGAAUCCCCGCUCUCCUCCUGGCUACACGGAUGGAUGGCAUUUCCCUGCAGGUAAAGGCUUAUCAGGAGAUGCUUUUAAAGAGGGUGACUUUCCUGAUGAGACCAGACUCUGUCCAAAGCAGUCUCCUGGGCCACCCAGGGAAGGCCCUGGAGGGCUCUGCACAGGAGACUGGUGGCUCUGAGCUGGGGGACCACAGUCUCGUGCCCGGUGGACUUCCAAGUAGUGGGCCCAUCUUUCUGUAGCCUUCUGUGGCCUCACUUCCACUCCAGAAGCGCUGCUAGGAGUUGGCUCACCGUGGUAGGGACGGUCUCAGGUAUUCACAGACACUUUGAAAGCGAUGUUAACUCUUUUUUUUUGUUGUUGUUGCCAGUGUUUUAAAGAUUUUAAUUAUCCAAAGAAUUGAAACUCACAGCACAUCCGGUUUUUACAACAGAUGUGGGUUCUUCUGUUCCACCCCAUUUGUCUCCCAUUACUUUGCGGAUUUUGCUGACAGUGGCCAGUUCUUUACCGAUCGAAGGGGGAUUUUUAAACAAAAUAAAGAUCAGCGAGACAUCCUGUCCCAAGCAGCUGAUUGAUGGGGAUGAUGUGGGUUCAUCCCACUCGGUGGGAGGCAUUUUAAGAGAAUAAAAUCUUUAAGAGGGAAAACUGAGCGUGAACAGAGUCUGAUCCAGGAAUCUGUAUGCAGAGGUCAGCUCUCUCUCCCUUUUGUCUUCAGGCAAGUUUGUCACAGAAGGUUUUAGCAAAAAGGGGCGACUGUGACCUGAUGUAUCCUCCCUGCCUCUCCCACCAUCCUAUCCCCCCCCCAUUGUCCCCAGCCCCUGAGCUGCACCUGCUGGGUGAGAAGGAGCUUGUGGACCAGGAGAAAAUAAUGACCCACCAUCCUUUCUGCUGAGGAUCCAGGGUUUGGGUCUUUGGUGCUUUUCCAACCUCCUGCCAACAAAGAGCGCAUGAGCUGGGAGCCCCCACGGCCUGGCACGCCAAAGCAGGGAUGCGGGGGAACCUGGCCUUGGACAGGAGCUCCAUUUCUAGUUUGGAGGAGCUGCCUUCCCAUCAAAACACUGACAGCCAAGUGGUCCUCAGCCCCCAGCCAAGCCUCCAGGACAGCGGGGCCAGGGGGCCACCAGGACUGUCCCCCAUUCACCUGUACAUACACGUACCGUGAACCCACCUUCAUGAGGCCGUUGUCUCGUGCAGAUGACAUCGAGGUGUGGCUUCUUAACCUUCGCUGUUGACGACUAGAGUUGUUUUUAAUGCAUGUACACUAAACUAGACUCCCUUGGGUGGUCCCUGAAGGAGGGGCGUGGGCACACCUCCGCCUGAUACAGGUGUGCGCUCACCUGGGGGAGAAAUAAACCACUUGUACUAAAAUG